AUGGAAAGAACUCCAGAAAUAAGUUCAAACCAGAAAUUCAACUGCAGUAGUUAAGUUGAUAUCUGGUCUCUCGGAGUGACUCUCUACUACUUGUGCACCAAGUAAUUUCAAUACGAAGGCAAGACGUUAUCUGAGCUAAAGAAACAAGAUUAGACAGCUUAAAUAAGUCUUGAAGAAUAGUUCAAAGUAUUCGAGUCCCUUUUAAAUAAAAUGCUUGAGUUUAAUCCAGCUUUGAGAAUAGAUGCACUGUAGGUGCUGUGCGAAGUUUGUAAGAUUUGUAAUGAACCUGUGAACAAGCAUUUGGAAAUUGAAGAGCAAAAAUAAAUUUAUCCUGAUGCUACUAGUUUUAAUGAUAACUAAAAUCCUUUUGAUCUAACAAUAAGGUCAACAAAUGCUAUUGUCAAUGAAAUUAUUUAAAAGCCUCUCAUUAAAUAUGAAAAUGGUGCUAUUUAUCAAGGUGAAUAUGAUAAAGUCACAAAAUAAAAAGAUGGAAGAGGCAGAUAUAUUUGGAGUAGUGGAUAAGUCUAUGAUGGAUUGUGGAAGAAUGGUUUGAGAAAUUUAUAUGGGAGAUAUGUAUAUGUUAGUGGUAAUUACUAUAUUGGUGAGUGGAAGGAUAGUAAAAUUAAUGGAUAUGGAAAAUAUUAUGAAAAUAGUGGAGACUAUUAUGAAGGGUAAUAUUUAAAUGGUAAAAGAUAAGGGUUGGGUUUGUAUAAAUAUAUUAGUGGUGAUUAAUACUAUGGAUAAUGGGUGAAUGAAAAUAGAUAAGGUGUAGGAGUAUUCACAUUCAAGAAUGGAGAUAUUUAUCUUGGAUAGUGGAUGAAUGGUUAAGUUCAUGGAAUACAGAUGUAUAUUCCAAAAGAUGGCGGAUAUAUAGAAAUCAGUAGAUAUAAGAAUAAUAAGCGUAUAAAGAAAUUAAUUGAAGUAGAUAAUGAUUAAGAGUGA